CCAUUUUCAUUAUCCAAAUCAACUAAAGAUUUUAUCUUUUAGGAGCUCCGUUUUACAACAAUGGCGGACGAGGUUGUUCUCUUGGAUUUCUGGCCAAGCCCUUUUGGAAUGAGAAUCAGAAUCGCUUUAGCCGAGAAGGGUAUUCACUACGAGUACAAGGAAGAGAAUCUGAGAAACAAGAGUCCCUUACUCCUGCAGAUGAACCCGGUACACAAGAAAAUCCCGGUUCUCAUCCACAAUGGUAAACCCAUCUGUGAGUCUUUGAUCCAGAUUCAGUACAUAGAUGAGGUAUGGAGCGACAAGGCUCCUCUGCUUCCCUCUGAUCCUUAUCAGAGAGCUCAAGCCAGGUUCUGGGCUGACUAUGUUGACAAGAAGAUGUAUGAAGCUGGGAGGAGAGUUUGGACGACUAAAGGGGAAGAACAGGAGGGGGCCAAGAAAGAGUUCAUAGAAAUCUUGAAGACUUUGGAGGGAGAACUUGGGGAGAAGCCUUAUUUUGGUGGGGAAAGUUUUGGGUAUGUGGAUUUGACUUUUAUCCCAUUCUACACUUGGUUCAGUGUGUAUGAAAGUUUUGGGAAGAUGAGCAUAGAGGCAGAAUGCCCCAAGUUGUUUAGUUGGGUGAAAAGGUGUUUGGAGAAGGAGAGUGUUUCAAAAUCUCUGCCUGAUCAAGAUAAGGUAUACGGCUUCGUUUUGGAACUCAGGAAGGCUCUUGGGAUUUGAGUUUUUUGAGAGACUUCAAAAUCCUUGUUCCAUUUCCAUUAGGGUUCGUCCUCCAAGUAUUGAUUAAAAAAGGUUCUGGAUCAACUACUUUAUUUGUCUAGUCUUUUACUGUUGUAUUGGAAUAAAGGGGUGUCCUUUUGUGGAUUAGGUGAGAUUUCUAUCAAUAUUGUGGUGACGUCAAUUUCUUGUGUGUUGUAGGCAAAUCAUAUUUGAAUAAAAUCUUUCUUUCAUAUGUA